AUGUCGACCUCCAGCGCUCCUUUAUCCACACCCGUGGUAGAUAUCAGAAAGCCAGGUAGCGAUUUCGACCCAGACACAGAUCCAUCAGCAGAUCAGCCGAUCAGCAGACCGAGAAACAGCGACGACGACGACGACGACGACGACGGCACCGACGACAGCAACAACGACGACAGCAUCGAGUGCACCAACAGGGAUAUAGAUCACUCGCCUGCUGUCGCAGCAGCCGCUCUUGCAGCCUCAAACAACAUAGGGUCCUCAAACUUCCAGAGCAACACCAACGUAUCCAACGUCCCUCAGUACUCCCAGACCGGCCAGCAACAGCAACAACAAUCGAGCCAGCAACAGCCAAGUCAGCAGAACCUGAUUAACCAAAACACUCCUUCUCAAUCUCAGAACCCUUCUCAAUCCCAAUCUCAAUCCCAAAAUUCAAAUCAAGUGGUUGGUUUACAUUACAAGAUUGGCAAAAAAAUUGGUGAAGGAUCCUUUGGUGUCAUUUUCGAAGGUACAAACUUGAUCAACGGCGUCCCCGUCGCAAUCAAGUUUGAACCAAGAAAGGCCGAAGCUCCUCAGUUGAGAGAUGAAUACAGAACCUAUAAGCAUUUGAGCGGAGUCAAAGGUAUUCCAAAUGCCUACUAUUUCGGCCAAGAGGGACUACACAACAUUUUGGUCAUAGACUUGUUGGGGCCUUCUUUGGAAGAUUUAUUUGACUGGUGUGGCAGAAAAUUUUCUGUCAAAACAGUGGUCCAAGUGGCUGUCCAAAUGAUCACCUUAAUUGAGAGAGUCCAUCAGCAUGAUUUAAUCUACCGGGAUAUCAAGCCUGAUAAUUUUUUGAUUGGCAGACAAGGCUUACCAGAUGAAAACUCCGUCCACUUGGUCGAUUUCGGUAUGGCCAAACAGUAUAGAGAUCCUAGAACAAAGCAACACAUUCCUUACAGAGAGAAAAAAUCUUUGAGUGGAACCGCUCGUUACAUGUCCGUCAACACACAUUUGGGCCGUGAACAAUCAAGGAGAGACGACUUAGAAGCCCUGGGUCAUGUUUUUUUCUACUUCCUACGUGGCCAAUUACCAUGGCAAGGUUUGAAAGCCCCAACUAAUAAACAGAAAUAUGAGAAAAUUGGUGAAAAGAAACGUACAACCCCAAUUAGUGAACUGUGUGCUGGCUUACCACCUCAGUUUGGCCGUUACCUUGAAAGCGUUAGAAAUUUGCAAUUCGAUGCUGAACCAGAUUACGAACAUUAUCGCCAAUUGCUCCUAUCAAUUUUACCAGAUAUAGGAGAAACCGCUGAUGGCCAUUAUGACUGGAUGGAUUUAAAUGGCGGCCGUGGUUGGGAUUUGGCAAUAAAUAAAAAACCAAACUUACACGGUUAUGGCCAUCCAAACCCACCAGGUGAAAAGCGUCACCAAAAACGUCCGAAACAACAUCAACAUGGUUAUGGCCAGCAUCUUUCUUCCCAACAACAGACACAACAGGCACAAGCCCAAGCACAACAACAGUCUCAAUCUCAACCACAUGGUGUUUCUAAUAAUGCAGGUCAAAAUGGAAUUCCAAAUAUCAACUCUACAGGUAAUAACAACAUCGGCACUAAUGCCAACAAAGGCUUCCAAUCGAAUAUCCAAGAUAACGGUAUCAGCGAUGGUUUGAAUGACAAUGGUUUUGUCAAUGGCUCCAACGUUCGGAAUUCAAACCAGGUUGUAAAUGACACAGCUGGUGCGAACGGUAACAUUGUGGGUGAAGUGAAACCACUUCCAAACUUACCAACACAUUCCUAUUCCAAGCCAACCGGUGGUGAACGCGCCAAUCACGCACAAGGUAAAACAACAGGAGAUGAUGAAUCCGAUAAGGGCUGUUUUGGAAAGCUCAUGUGCUGUUAG